AGUCCUGUCUAAAUAAACAAACCAAGAUUCUAAUAAUAAUAUUAUCCUCUUUAUUACUAUAUGUUAAUUGAUUAUUUUAGAUAUGGGACAAGCUUUUGGUUGUAUUCAAGUGGAUCAAUCCACAGUUGCUAUUAAGGAAAAUUUUGGCAAGUAUGAUGAUGUUCUUGGUCCUGGAUUUCACUUCAUGCCUUGGUGUUUUGGAAGUCAAUUAGCUGGUUAUCUUUCACUUAGAGUCCAACAACUUGACAUUACAUGUGAAUCCAAGACUAAGGAUAAUGUUUUUGUGACUUUGGUUGCUUCAAUCCAAUAUAGAGCUUUGGCAGACAAGGCAGCUGAUGCUUUCUAUAAACUAAGCAACACAAAGGAGCAGAUUCAAGCAUAUGUCUUUGAUGUUAUUAGGGCAACUAUUCCAACAUUGGAGCUGGAUAAAGUUUUUGAACAGAAAACUGAGAUAGCGAAAACAGUAGGGGAGCGACUCGAAAAGGUUAUGUCUCUUUAUGGAUAUGAGAUAGUUCAGACUCUUAUUGUAGAUGUUGAACCACAUGAUCAAGUGAAAAGUUCAAUGAAUGAGAUUAAUGCAGCUUCAAGAUUGAGAGAAGCUGCAUUUGAGAAAGCAGAAGGAGAGAAGAUUCUGCAGAUAAAGCAAGCAGAGGGAGAAGCAGAAUCGAAGUACUUAGCAGGGCUAGGAAUUGCUCGUCAACGACAAGCUAUCAUAGAAGGGCUCAAAGAUAGUGUUAUUGGCUUCUCUACUAGUGUUCCAGGAGCAUCAACAAAGGAUGUCAUGGACAUGAUUUUGAUCACCCAAUACUUUGAUACAAUGAAAGAGAUAAGUGUCUCAUCUAAUACAUCUGCUGUUUUCAUUCCUCAUGAGCCAGAGGAUCUGCCUUCUGUACAGAGGUAAGAACAGUUCACAUCAAGGGAACAUAUUUAGGCUAUGAUGCUGAACAUCACUAUGGUUCCUUUUGUACUUAAAAACUUGAAAGAUCAUAAAGUAUCCUACUACGCAGAGAGACUUUCCGAUUCAUCUUAA